AUGAACGAGAAAGGCAUUCACGUGGAUCCCGCUAAAAUCGAAGCCGUCAAGAAUUGGAUUGCACUAAAGUCACCUUCCGAAAUUGGUUCGUUCCUUGGAUUGGCUGGUUACUACCGCCGAUUCAUCUCCAACUUCUCGAAAAUCACUGUUCCACUCACCUUGUUAACCCAAAAUGAUAAACCUUUUAUUUGGGGUCCCGAACAAGAAGAGUCGUUUCAAACACUCAAAGACUUGCUUUGCAAGGCUCCUAUUCUCACUCUUCCCGAUGGUAACAACGCUUUCGUUGUGUAUUACGAUGCGUCUAACCAAGGUCUCAGUUGUGUUCUUAUGCAAUGA